GACAGGCGGAAAUGAACAAUUAUUUUGACUAUUUUUCGAGCGGAGACAUCCUGACUUUGUCCGCCAAGUUUUGCCAUUCCGAGCAGAGGCCUUUUCCUUCGCGAUAUGAUUCCUUCAGCAGGGAGGGAGUGGGGAGCACUCCGAUAGGUGCAAAUUGUCACGAUCAGCAGCACGUUCGUCCGGUAUCUGCAACAAGCUUCCCUCAAGGAACUUUUGGAUUAUCCUGUGAUGGCAUUCCAACUGCUGCAGACUUCAGCUUUCUAGGCCAAGGGCCAGAAUAUGAUUUGGCAUACGAGACUCAUAACGAAGCGAAUGACAGUGGGACACACGUCCAGUGCAUGACCUCUGCAAACUUAGGAAAUGGAUUGUUUUCACUUAUUCACGGGCCGUCUGCUUUAGACCACAGAGAGCAAGACAAUUACAGCCAGUAUCAAAGAGAACCUCAAGAUUUUUAUCCCGUAAGAUUUGAAUCACAUCCUCCUUUGAAUGGAAGCUACCAUAAAACGAACCCGGUGAGAGAUGAAUCACAACCCGCUUACGGUACAUUCGAGUGGAUGAAAGUGAAAAGGAGCAAUGCCAAAAACAGUAAAGCGAGAGAACAAGGACAUCCUAACCCCUCUGCUGUAGCCCGAACAAAUUUCACGACGAAACAGCUGACGGAACUCGAAAAAGAAUUUCACUUCAAUAAAUACCUGGCCAGGUCGAGGAGAGUAGAAAUCGCCAACACGCUACAGCUUAACGAGACUCAGGUGAAAAUCUGGUUCCAAAACCGACGGAUGAAAGAGAAAAAGAGAGAAAGAGAUGGCCUGGUACCACAUUCGGGUAAAAAUUCUGAAACAUCUGCCUCUGAAAACAAUUCCCCAACUUCUUCGCCAUCUAAUUCUCCAAAAAUGCUGGCUUGAGAGUGGUCGUCACUCCAGGUAGAACACUUGGUAUGAAAUCAUGACUGCAGAAGAAUCCAAAGACAACUUUCUUUCUUUCUUUCUUUCUUUCUUUCUUUCUUUCUUUCAAACCAAAUUGUCAAGUGUAAUCAACAAAUGACGAUUUUACGUUUUCAAGUUAUUUAAUUUUCUAUACCAAAUUAUAUUUUAUUAUUGUUUUGUACUGACUGGUAUAUUUAAUUGGAACAGGAAACGGAUUUCAUUUAUAGUUUUCAAGAUAAUCUAAUGCUCUUUGCACUAUAUGUGUUGAUAAUAUGCUAAAUUAUGAUUGUAUAUAUGUAUAUAUGGUGCGGUUUACAUGUAUAAGUUUGUGUUGCUCCAGCAGUUGCCUCUAACAAUGAGCUCAUGUCGCAUAUUUUCCAAAUGGAUAUUCUAAUGUAACAUGAUGCUGCCUUACUAGACUUAACAAACUACUGUAACCUUGAAAUGUGAUAUGCGACAACAAAACCAAAGGGCUACAGAAACCUGAAUGUAAAAAUCACUGGUUUCGUUUUUUCAUGAUUGCUGUUUGGCAUUUGUGACUACAAGGUUUAAUUGUAACAGUUGCACAAAUGUAAUUUAAAUUCAACAAAUAUUCAGGUUAUAAACCGUGCUUAAUGAUGUCUGCACUAUACGCCUCAGGAGGAACAAAGACCAAUGCUGCUAUUUAAUGGAAAGCCCUAGCAGUAUUCUGUACGCGAUGUUUGAUCAUUUUUUUCAGACACCGUAUUCUUAUUGUUUUUUAUGUUCAUUGAUAUUCUGUAAGAAGCUACUGUUCUUAACCAAUUGUACAGUACUGUAUGUGUGUUCGUGUGGUUGACCACGGGAACUUGGUAUUAAUAUUUCAUUUUUUUCAUAAUAAAAUAUAAAUCGAGGCAUCA